CUUGUCCUUUGAAAUUAAUAAUAUUUAUGAUAAAGCCCUAAAACCCUUUUUCUUUCUCUGAUACUGAUUCACCACUUCUUUUCCAUACGACUCUUCUCCAGACUCCAUUGUUGGAGCUUCUUCCACUCCAUCAUCCAGGGUUUUGCAAGUAGAAUAUACUCGCAGAAAGCGAGAGAUGAAUUAUGAGAAGAGUCUAUCGGAAGAGUCAGGGUCCAUAUUCAGUGAAGGUAUUGGGAUAGUUUUGUAUCGAUGGUCGGCGCUCCAAUUGGCUGUCGAGAACGAGUGGGGUGGCCGUCAAUCGCGCCAAAAAGCACAGCAACUCCAUUCCGAUAUCUUCUCUUGGUUCACUCACUCUACUGGAAAAGGAAAAGAACCUCUAUACAUAGAUGAUUUAGAAGAGGUGCUUGUUCAAGGUUUGCAAUCUCUGAAUACUGAGGUUGACGAUGGCAGUGUUGAGGAGGUAGCUGAAAAAUUAAUGAUCAUGCAUGAAGAGUGUCUGGAUGGUAAUUUUAAGUCCAUUGAAGGUCUAAGGGAAGCCAAUCAUCGAAGAGUUCCGGUUCGUCAUGUGAAACAGGAUGGUGAGGAUGAUGACAGUGAUGACGAUGAUGAAGAACAGGAUGUCGGUGUGGGUGAUCAUUCAUCGAAAAUGGUGGUUAGCUCAACAAAGUCCUUAGAAAAUUCUUGCUCGGCGGACAUGAUGGUAGUAGAUGAGCCAAAGCCCUCAGCAUCACUUACAACCGCAGCUGAGGACGACGAAUGGGUAGUGGUCGGACCAAAACGAGGCAGGGGAAAAAGGAACUAGGUUGAACCCAUAUUUCUACAAGCUUUUCCAUGGAAAGGUUUUGUUUCAUAAUCGUAUUCUAUAUCUUGCUAUUGUCACUGACGUAGAGCGAGUGCAUGUGUUAAAUAGCAUUUUGUAUUCAAAAUUUUGUACCUGUU